CGAAAAAUCUCUAUCCCGACGGCGAAAAUCUCAGAGAUGGCUUAACUGCAAGGAUCCGUCCUUAACUGCUUUCUGCCUUGCGAAAGCCGAGAGCUCGGCCCCACGAGUGAUUGCCCCACCAACUCUUUCUGACUGGGGAUGGCCGUAGGGCGGAGGACGAGGGUCUUGACUUGACAGCAGCACGGAGACGGCUAUGACUAUGAAGGCGGCUCACGUGGCCACCGACACACAAGCGGGCGCCGGCCGACGUAUCGAUUGAAGCGGGGACUCCCUCUCCUUCUGCUCGACUCGACCGACAUUGCCCCUGCCUCAUCUGCACGUGCGUGGCAUUCAUCUGGAAACGACGGCUUGAGCGACUGCGGCUCCCUCCCUCCCUCCCUCCCUCCCCCUUAAUUCUUGUCAUCAAUCAAUCAUAAUGAAGUCGACCCACUCCAAGUCGCCAGCCAUCAAGGACAGGUCCCCCAGGUCGGUGUCCAUCCGCGAAGACCCCUCGAAGCGCCUCACCGCCCUUGCCAUCCCGGAGGCCGCCAUAGCCAAGGGCCGCAGGGCGUCCACUGCCGCCGUGGCGUCUCACUCUGCUGGCGAGAUGUGGGAUCGCCUCAACGCUGCCCUACUGGAGGUGGCAACGGAGAAGAGCCGGGCGGGGCGGCUGGAGAAGGAAUUGGAGAGGGAGAAGAAGGAAAGAGAGGCACUCAGGACCACCAUGGCCGCGGUGAGGACGUUCGUGAGUGUGUGUCAACCAGGGAGACGUGCCUUCACUCUCUUGAUGUGUAUGUGUGUGUGUGUGUGUGUGUCUGCCUGUAGCUUGAGCAUGAGGUUCAGGACCUGAAGGAGGAGAAGGACGGCCUCGAACACUUCAUGGCGCAACUCAAGGUACGUCACCGCUCGCGCAUGAAAGUAAUACAGACAGCCUCCUCCCAUCGACCCUCUCUCUCUUCCAUCCAUCUCUGCUCAGGGUUUCGGGCCUUCGGGCACCCUUUCCUUCCUCGAGAGUUCCAAGAGCAGCUCUAGUGCUGUAGGCGACGCCGAAGAAUCCGCAGCAGCACCAGCAGCAGCAGCAGCCGCCCCCGAGGUGUUGCCAGUCGACGGCCCCACACUGCAGGUGCCUGGCGGUGUGAAGCCGCAUCAAGUGGCGCUGGAGGGUGGUGAAGUGGAGGAAGGGGAGGAGGCGGCGAGCCCCAGCAGCUCGGCUGAUGCGGGUGACGACGUGAUGGCGGAUGAGGAGCAUCAGGAGAGGCUGAGGCGGCGGUUGAGCGCCAGGUCGAUGUCUGCGGGGCGGCGGUCGGGGCUCAACGAGGCAGAUAUCACAUCGAUACGCAACUCCAUCGAAGUGCUCUCGAGACAGUGCACGUACGCAGACAGACAGACAGACAGACAGACAGAGAGAAUUGGACGGGAAGGGGGAGAGGCGGGGGUAUCUGGGACACACCGUGUGGCGCGAGGCACAUGCAGACACGCAUGUCUGUGCUCGUGCAGGAUGCUGGCUGGACGUGAGAAGAGACUGCUGCAGGAACGCAAGUCUAUCCAACAGCAAAUCCAAGAAGGUACACAAUCAGCCUCCUUCCUCCCUCCCUCCCUCCCUCCCUCCCUCCGUCCUUGCAUCAUCACACACAGUCACACACACACAUAGACACACCGUCACGAUGUCUGGUCUCUCUUCUCCCCUGCUUUCCCGUCAGACCGCGAGAAUCUCUUGUCCAAGUUGCGAGAGAAGGUGACUGAGGUGUCUGAGCUCAAGCAGGAGCACCAGGACAUGGAGAUGCUCCUCCUCGCAUGUGAGCGGGAAUUCCUGCGGGAGGUUGAGCGCCCACCCGCUUUCUGCCUACACACGCUCAAGGAGCUCCGCCACGGCCGCGAGACACCCUUCCUCAUUCCACCAUCACCCACAGCCGACACGCCGGGUGCGGGGAAUCUGGGCCUGCAGCCAAGUGAGACCGCCGAAGAUGUCACGCCAUCUGAGCCAUCUGCGAGACAUAAGACCUGGGAGGGGACGGCUGCAUCCGGGGCGUCGAGCAAGCGUGCGGCGGGUGUGUCGGUAGAGUUCAAGCGGGGCGGUGGCAAGGUGAACCCUUUGGGUGCCGCUUAUGCCGAGAUCGACCGUCUGAAGCUGGUCAUCAAGACGCAGAAGGAGAAGCUGGAGGAGACGCAGGAAAAGAUGGCCGAGAAGGAGGAAGCAGCCAAGAAAUCGAAACAGUCCGAGACCGCACUCCUCAAGAAAAUGUACAUACAUACAUACAGAGAGAGAGUUCACAUGUGCAUCGUCGGUCGGUCGGUCUUUGUGUGUGUGGUCCUUUUUUCCUUCAGGGGUGCGCUUCGCACCGAGAAGGACGUGACUGCGGCCAAUCUGGUGGCAGCACAGAACGCACUCGACUUCGCGAUGAAGAAGAGCAAGGAGUACCAGCAGAAGUUCGUCGACCUCAUCAAGUCCGUGAACCAGCUCAAGGAUAGCGGCCGCCUCAACACCAGCGGCGCACCAGACCCCCCCAAACCCCGCUUACCGGGCGCAGAAGAGGAAGCGGAGGCUGCUGAAGGCGAGAGGAAAGCGGAAGAGCCUGAGGAGGGAGAGGCCCCCGAACCCCCACCCCCACCAGCAGCGGCAGCGGCAGCGGUCCCGCCCGUGGUGCCCCCGCUGCCGAUAACGGUCCUGGUAGAUCGUUUGGACAAGGGCACAUCGAUGACGCCCCGCCCGGAGGCCGACCAACUGGUUUUGUCUGAGGGGGCGGUCCAGGCGCCACAGCCGGAGCAGCAGGUACGCCUCGCGCUCUCCCACGAGGAAGUGGUGCCCGAUACAGCAGACAGGGCCAAAGCCCGCUUCCCGACCGCGGAGUCUAAGAGGGGCAAGAAGGUGUCCAUCGCCCCUGCUGUGCCCAAGAAGCAGGGGAGGGGCAAGACGGCACCGCCCCAGCCCUCUCAAGUGGCGGGAGUGGUUGAGUCGCCCAGGGAAAGUGUGGUCGAGGGUCCAUAUGCGGCGGCGACAGGCGGGCCCCAGCCGGCCCCACCCGCCCACCCGAGGAUGUCGGCUGUCGUUGCUCCAGUGGCCUUCUUCCCAGCUCCAAAAAUACCCCCCCGCAUGAGGAUCAUCAGAGCAGUCACAAAAGUCCUGAAGGUAGGUACUCACACACGAUAUAUGAUGUCUCUGCCUGCCUACCUCCCGGCCGGUGCGUGUUCAGGAGAUCCGCAGUCUGCGUCUGAAGGGCAAGGGAGGCAAGGCGACGCUCGGCAAGGGCUCCCUCGUGCCCCCCGGGCAGCAGCAGGCUCCUCCACUCCCACCAUUGGCAGCGUCCCUCUCACCAACACCAUCGCCCCCCCUCCCCCCCAAGGUGCCAUCGCCCCCCUCUGCCAAGCGCACAUCACAGCAGGCGCUCGCGUCGCCAUCCGACUUCCUUCGUCUGGGCCUGGGUGCCACCAAGAAGGCCGACAGGAAAGAAGCCGGAGCAUCAGCAGCACCAGUGGUCCCCAUCACCGACCGGAGCUCCCUUGCCGGCUCCCUGCGGCUGAGCAUCAAGGCGCCCGCAUUGUCCGAAAGGUCCGCCCUUGCCACCAGCGUGCACCUGGCCUCCCAGCAGCAGCAGCAGCAGCACCAUCGCAGCCUGUCAGUCAAGGCUCCGAGUGUGCAAGGGCCGACCCCCCCGCCCGUCAUCAGCCUCUCACUCCAAGAGAGACGGGGCAGCACCACCCCGGUUGCACGCCCGUCGGCCCCCCACCUCUCCCUGCGCCUUUCGCCCACACCGUCACCGGCCCAGUCUGCUCGCAACAGUGGCCGCAGCGCGUCUGUGAGUGGCGGUGCACAGCCUACUCGCCUGUCGCUGGGGCAGCUGGCCGCCCUUACACAAAGCCAGCAGGAGGAGGCCGCACAGCCGCCUGCUGACGAGGGGGUGCGGCCGGUGCUGCCAGAGGGGGGGAGGCUGAGGUUGGACUUGCCAUCCAUCAAUGUGCCAUCCCACUCGGUGCCGGCACUCAACCUAAGGUUAACCUACGCGUGAGGGAGGUGGAGAGGAAUACAGACAGACAGACACACAGGGAAGGGAAAGGGGUUCAAUGAAGUGACAUCGAUCACCGCGUGUGUCGUGUCGUGGGAGCAGCUUUGCUUCGACGUGUCUGUCUGGCGUCUGCCCGUGCGUGUGUGUCUGUCUGUCUCUGACUCGUUCGUUCGUUGGACAGAUUCGGUCGUGUGUGCGUGAAAGAAUGUGUUGGUCAGUCAACUGGCUGGUCAAUCAACUGGUUGCUUGAUUCUUCAUUCAUCGGGUGACUGACUGACCCUUGAGCA